CUGCAGGCGUAGGGGGAAAGGGAUGCACCCUGGCCGGUGUGGGGUGCCAGCGGGGUGUCUGUGACAUGCCAGCGUCCUACACAACAGCGUCUUUGAAUGAAUGCAGAUAGGAAAUGCGGUGUGCUGCUUUGUAGUUGCGCAGGGCGAGGCGGACAGUUCGGGGUUGGAUCCCAUCCGGAGGUUGUGCAUUUAAAUCAGAGCCUAGAAGACGCCUGCAUACAUCGUUGAAAUACAUACUUCACCCAUAACCUUGGACCGGCAAUGCAGACUAUACGCUCAGCACGCGUCUCCUCGCGACAGCCCGGCCUGCAAGUCGCUCCGGCUCAAUGGCGAGCUGCACGUAUAAUUCCUCGCUUUCGCCAGUCGGAAGCUAAUUAUGGACUGGCCAGCUCCAUUGUUCGCAUUCCUUUGGAGGCUCCCGAGCUGCUGGGCCUGCCCAAAACUGCAACAUUCAAGGACAGCGAGCUCAACUCGAUUUACCAAGAGCUUGUCACCACAGCUGUGCAGUCAGAGUACAGCUAUGUGACGGUCAAUGCCCGUCUGGAGGUGCUCGACUACGCGCGCCGUGACAUCAUCAACAGCAAGGGCCGCGUACGGGAUGUGAACGACAUGGACAUCCCUGCGGACCUGCUGCCCGGUGCCCUUGCGCUCAUGGCCGAGGUUGGUCAGUGUGAGCUAACCAUCACCAUCGGAGGUGAGCUGCUUGCCUCGCCCGACGGCCUGUCGCCGCUGGUGCAGAAGGACGUGCGCCUCAGCAUGGCGCUCGCCAACUGCUACCUGGCCGGCAACUGCUUGGAGGAGGGACAGGUCAGCCAGGGCUGUGCCUACCUGGAGGCCGCGCUACAGACCCUGGAGGGCGCCGGGGAGCCUGCACUUGCGCCUACCCUGGCCGCUGAGAUUCGUGCUAGCCUUGCUUCCUUCCGCUUCAAGGCGGCCCUGGAGACGCUGAGCGGGCCGCUUGGCGUCGGUAAGGUGGCAGAGGCGCGCAAGCGCGCUCUCCGGAUCGUCCGCGACGCCAUCCGCGCGCAGUCGGCAACCGCAGCCCCACAGGCGGACCCUCUGGCCAGCCUCAGCGCCCUGGGUAACCUGUCUAACCUGUCAAGCCUCGCAAAUUUCAGCAGCCUCAGGAACCUUGUGGCGAGUGCCGCCGCACGUGGCUCAGCUGUGUCCACAGCAUUCGCCGAUGCGCCAAGCGCCGGGGCAGCCGCAGCUUCGGGCCCCGUGACGGCGGAGGCCAUGGAGGCCCUGAUGGGCAUGCUGACCUGUGAAGAGGUGGUCGAGCUGUUGGAGUGGGAGCAGGUGGCCCGCACCCACGCCUCACUUAAGUGGUACUAUCCCGGCCUGCUGGAGGGCGUGAGUGUGGCGCACAUUGUGCACGGCUUUGCGCAUCGCCAGCCCGCCUACGUCAAGAUGGGCCUCAGCCUGGUGCAGGAGCUGCCAAGCAACCCGGACCUGUGCGUGGUAGAGGCUGUGUGCCAUGUGCUGCUGGGUGCCGUGCAGCAGGCGGAGACUGCACUCAAGCAAGCUGGCAAGGGGGCCCCCGCCUCUGAGCGGGCUGAGGUCCCGGAGCUGUCCAACGGCGCGCUACCCGCCAGCCGUGAUGCAUACCGCUUCGUGUUGGCGGCCUCCAAGGGCUCUGACGACGGCCUCCUCCCAGGCCUGUGCAUGCUCACGGAGCGCUGGCUGACCCAGGCUGCGUUUCCCUUCUUCCGCGACACAUCCUCGCCGGACAUGGAGCCCGCCUGCCUGGUGCGCUACUUUGACGACACGCGCGUGGAGACACUGCUGACCGUCUACGACUCCAAGAGCGGCGCGCAGCUGGCGGAGGCGGCGAUGGGCGAGGCGUUCAUCGCCAUCAAAAAGGCGCUGCGCACCACCGCCGAGGCGGGGCUGCUCGCGUCAGGCGCCGUGCCAGCCUCAGAAGUUGCCGCGGAUCCUGAGCUGGCGGCGCGGCAGCGGCUGUACCGCCAGAUGGCGGGUGGCUUUGCGCUGGUGGCAGCGUUCGCUGUCGGCUUGAUGACACCGCCUGGGCAGCGCCUGAUCGGGCGGGGGGAGAGUGUCCAGGCGGCGCUGAUGCGGCAGCGGUCCACGCUGGUGCCGUGCACCGUGGCAGUUGAGGACUUCGAUGCAAUCGCGGCGCGCGGUAUGCUGGAGCAGUGGCAGGUGGCCAAGGCUUGGGCUCUGGGCCAGUACCAUACUACUGACCAGCUGCCCAGCAUCCUCGCGGAGCCGCUUCUGAGCGAGACGCUCGACAAGUUGUCCACACUGCGCGGCCACGGUGCACACAUGCGCUUCAAGCUGCAGCGGCUGCAGGUGACUGGUCUGAAGCGUGUGACGCACAAGGGCGCACCCGCCUUCCGCAUCAGUGCGGUGCUGGAGGAGUCUGCGGACCUUCACAAGAGUGCGGAUGGCAAGGCCGUGGACGGCUACCAUUGCUUCUAUGAUACCGAGUACACCGCUGUCCGUGGCAAGGACGGCGUGUGGCGCAUGGCCAACAGCAUCGUGAUGCAGCGGGAGGCGUGAUCUUCGUUGCAGAGCGAAGAACGUGAUUUCCGGCUGUGUGCUUGAGCAUAGGUAGUCUGGGCUCAUUAUGGGCUAUGUCCGAGUGUACGUCCAUGAAGGUUACAAGUGGUUGGCUCCCUGUGUCCAUCGACACACAAAGGAGGGCGUGUGCCUGCUUGACUGCAGUUCAGGCUCAAUAUGUCGGGUGGCGAAACACCUAAGCUGUAUUGUCAGGGACCAGAGGUUAUGACGGAGAGAAACAGCAGCGUGUGCACUCCGCAAAACUCCAGACGACUCCAGUGUCUUGGGCAUUUAAUAAACCGGAGGCAGAGAAAGCGCGAUGCGGGCAACGGAGCAGGCUCUGUCGGGGCUACACGAAGCGAGUAUGGGCAGGAUGUGUAACUGAGGUCUGUUGGAUCAGGCUUUUAUGCGUGCCAUAAGGGCGUGAAUCCUGCUCUAUACCGUUAUGGGUACCGUAUAAUGGCUCACCAACAACAUUGUGCAUGCGGGCUGUAGCAGAGGGGUGGUAUGGGGUAUAGGAUUGGUCCCGCCGCCGGUCACCCCUCCGUGGAUUGGAUUGGCCACAGUAGGAUUGGACCCGGCACUUAAGGAUUGGGUUUGACCGGCCAAGGAUUGGAACACCACUUUUGGGGAUUGGGUUUGGGACGGCAGGGAUUGGAACCAGGCUUCCAGGGAUUGGGAUAGGAACGGCGAGGAUUGGAACCCGGACCUCAGGGAUUGGGAUUGGAGGUCGCGGCACAUAGGAUAGCAAGUCGGUCUAUCCUGGGGUGACCAGAGGAUCGGUAGGAUCGGUACCCCAUACCACCCCUCCGGCUGUAGCUCCAGCUGUGGUGCCGCAUAGCCAGCGAGCGUUGAAGUGCGCUUCAUCCGCGUGAUGCCCCAAUGAUACGGUAUGCGAU